AUGACCAGAGAAACGGCGGCGGAGGAAAACGCAACCUCCUACUUCCCCCUACUUGAUCGGAUCGCCGAUGGUGCCUUCGAUGAUAUAGUGACUGAUAAAGAGCUCUACGAUCGAUUCUUGCAAAUCGUGCGAAAUGAUGGACAUCUUACGACCCCUGAGGGUCUCGCCUCAUUCAAGUUGUCCCUGGCGAUUCGGUCCGCGGCUCCUAGGAUUCAGGCUCAUUACCAGUACUACAAUACUUCCGUUGAACCGUCGUUGAUGGUUGCUCAGGAUACCGUUUGUCCUGUAUGGGUACAUUCAGAUGGGAAACAAUACUGUUCUUCAACGAUGGAGCGUGCGCAGCAGGAUGCGGGGGAAGUAGACCCUCGAGAGCUUCCGUUUGAUCGAAUUUUCGGGGAUCUUUCUUCACCUCCCGCAGUUCUCUAUGCCGAUGUUGCGUCGCCCAUGUUUAAAGAGUUUCACCAGAGUUUGAGUGCUCUUGCUAAGGAAGGCUUCGUUUCAUACCGUGUUAGAUAUCGUCCUCCUCAGCAUUGGAGUCCGCGGCCGCUAUUUGUCGCAGGUUAUGGAGUCGAGCUUGCUUUGAAACGAACAGACUACAUCGUUAUCGAUGACAGAGAUGCCGAGCAGCGUGAUAAGAAAGAUUCCAAGGCCGACGCUGACGAAAACUCAGCAGCGCAGGAUGAUUCUCUCGAUGACUUGAAACCUCUCUCCUCAUCCGAGGUCUCCCGGCUAGGCUUAAAUACCGCUGGUUACGUGAUGGAUAGCAAGGAUCCUUUGGAAGCUCUCUUGAAAGUUACACAAGACUUCCCUAAGUAUUCCCCUAGGAUUGCUGCCCACAAUACGUCAGCUUUAUUACUGAAAGAAAUUCGCUUCAAUCGAGCGAAUAUGUUUCCUCCGGGCUUUAACAUUUUGUGGAUCAAUGGUGCGCAGGUCGAUCCUCGGCGAACCGAUGCAUUUUCCCUGGUUGAUCAGCUGCGUCGUGAGAGGAGGUUGGUAGAGAAAUUUAAGGACCUGGGGUUAUACGCCAAGGAAGCCGUUAGCUUUCUGUCUCACAGGUCUAUUGGACUGGCUCAAGCAAACGAUGCCCUGCCACGUUACGAUUACCGGGAUGAUACUGAGGGCGGCAAUGUCAUCAUAUGGCUGAACGAUUUGGAGAAGGACACGAGAUAUGAGUCGUGGCCUAGUGACUUAGAUUCGUACCUUCAGCGAUCAUACCCGGGCCAACUCCCCUCAGUUCGUCGCGAUUUACACAACGUCGUUUUCCCUGUCGAUCUGACUAACCCCAAAGACGUGGAAUUAGUGAUCCAGACCAUCCAAAUCUUUAUCAAGAGACAAAUUCCGAUUCGGUUCGGCAUAGUUCCCACAGCUUUCUCUCCGGGUUCCCUCGAACAGGCCAAAAUUGCUCACUACCUCCAGGAAGCCUUUGGAUUAAGCAGCUUGAUACAGUAUCUGCAAGAGUCCGCAUCUAGGAACAAGAUAGCUGCCCCGGAUAAGUCCAGUUUUAAAUCCGUGGCAAAGGCUCGCGAUGUACGCGCCGGCAAGGAGUCUCUUUCCUUUGAAGAGAUCUUGGCGAAUGAUGAAUUGGAUGUCAUAGUAUCUCGCACAGUCGAUUACCAGACUCGGCUAGGUAUUUCCGAUGGAGCGCCUAAUUUCUUCGCCAACGGUAUUGCUCUUACUCGUGUCGAUAAUUGGGUCCAAGAUCUCAGUCAGCAAAUCAGUAAAGACCUGCACCUCGUUCAGCAAGCAAUUGUGGACGGAAAUGUCGAGGAAAAUACGUGGCUUCCGGGCUUUCUCAUAUCUGGCGCGUUUGAACGGCGCAACAGUUUGAUCAUCCCUGAAAAUCCGAAAGAGACACGGUUCGUCGAUAUUGCCAAGGUUUUCAAGUCGAGAGGGGAAAUCCUAGAUAGCAUUCCGUGCCUCAAAUCAGGAGCCGAUGGAGUGUCAGACAGCGUCCAUGUCAUUGUGGUCGGUGACUUUGACUCUGAAGCUGGCUUUAAAUUGCUCAACGCAGCUUUAUCUUUAAAGAAGGGGCACCAGGAGGCCGAGAUUCUCUUUCUACACAAUCCUAGGACACUGGAGUUCACUUCACUGGGCACUUCAGCAAAACUGCACCGUUCUUUCAAAGAAGACCACGAAUUAGAUGCAGCGCAAAUCAUGACUAAGUUGGAGUAUUCUGACAGCGCUGAGGGCUCAAUCUCCGAAGCAGAGACUCAGGAGAUAUCUCAAUCUCUGGCAGUUCAGCAAUCCCUUGCUCAAGACCUUGGGUUUGCUCUUGGGACUUCCGGCCUCAUGGUUAAUGGGAGAAUAGUCGGACCACUUCCAAAGGACCCCGUUUUGACAACUGGUGAUUUAGACCAGCUGCUGAAUUACGAGCGUACAAAGCGGACAGCCCCGGUCAUAGAGGCCCUAAAAGACCUGGGACUUGAUGCCAAGUUUUCCUCACCUCUCGAUCUCGCGAAAAUUACCUCGCUCGCUGCUCUUUCGAUGGUCUCCGACACCCCCGAAGGACUCUUUGAUUCCCCUCCACCUAUUCGAGUAAACAUGUUCAACCAAUGGAACACCACUCAUUCUGUGAUAACGCUCUCGAAAGUCGAAGAUCCAACAAUCAGCGUUGUCGCCGUCAUCGAUCCCACAUCCGAAGUAGCGCAGAAAUGGGUGCCUGUUCUUAAAAUACUUUCAGAGUUGGCUGGAGUGAAUUUGAAGAUACUACUGAACCCUCGCGAAGAGAUACAGGAGCUCCCGAUUAAACGGUUCUAUCGCUACGUUCUUCGUUCAGAGCCUUCAUUCAACAGCGAUGGAUCCAUAUUAGAACCCAAGGCAUCCUUCACUGGGGUACCAGUGCAGGCGCUGCUCACACUGGGCAUGGAUGUUCCUUCUCCGUGGCUCGUAGCGCCGAAGGAGUCCGUCUACGAUCUUGAUAAUAUUAAGCUGAGUACCUUGAAGAAGGGAGCUAAUGUUGAUGCUGUUUAUGCUUUGGAAUAUAUCCUUAUCGAAGGCCAUUCGCGAGAUCUGACUACCAAGUCUCCUCCAAGAGGGGUCCAACUACUUCUCGGGACUGAGGACAACCCGCACUUCUCGGACACCAUUAUCAUGGCUAAUUUGGGGUACUUUCAAUUCAAAGCUCAGCCAGGAAUCUGGAAAAUCAACCUGAAACCCGGGCGCAGUCAGGACAUUUUCAACCUUGACAGCGUUGGAGGGUUUGGUUAUACUCCACAACCUGGAGACGAGAACAACGAAGUCGCACUCCUUUCUUUCCAGGGGAUAACUCUCUUCCCUCGCUUGACUCGCAAGAAGGGAUAUGAAGAUGAAGAUGUAUUGCAAGAGUCUGGAUCGCGUCUAGGCUCGGCUAUAAAUUAUGUGUCGAAGGGACUAAAUUUCGCGUCAGACGUUCUUUCGGGUGUCGGCAUUAACCCCAAGAGCAGUGGUGCAGAGAAGCAUGCAGACAUCAACAUCUUUUCUGUUGCGAGCGGCCACCUUUACGAACGCAUGCUCAAUAUUAUGAUGGUUUCUGUAAUGCGGAACACCAAGCACUCUGUCAAGUUCUGGUUCAUCGAGCAGUUUCUGUCACCGUCAUUCAAAUCCUUCCUCCCACACCUUGCCAAAGAGCACGGCUUCUCGUACGAAAUGGUCACGUAUAAGUGGCCCCAUUGGCUACGGGGUCAGCGUGAGAAACAGCGUGAGAUAUGGGGCUAUAAGAUCCUCUUCCUGGAUGUUCUUUUCCCCCUCUCCCUAGACAAAGUCAUCUUCGUGGACGCAGACCAGAUCGUGAGGACCGACUUGUACGAUCUAGUCACCUUAGAUCUCGAAGGUGCCCCCUACGGCUUCACACCGAUGUGCGAUUCGCGCACGGAGAUGGAAGGCUUCCGGUUCUGGAAACAGGGAUACUGGAAGAACUUCCUUCGGGGACUCCCCUAUCAUAUUUCCGCACUGUAUGUUGUCGACCUCUCUCGCUUCCGGGCCCUGGCUGCCGGCGACCGCUUGCGCGGCCAGUACCAGGCCCUGUCUGCCGACCCCGGUAGUUUGAGUAACCUCGACCAAGAUCUGCCAAAUCACAUGCAGCAUUAUAUUCCCAUCAAGAGCCUCCCACAGGACUGGCUAUGGUGUGAAACUUGGUGUUCCGACGAAUCGCUUGCCCGAGCGAAGACGAUCGAUCUCUGUAAUAACCCACUUACCAAGGAGCCCAAGUUGGAUCGUGCCAGGAGACAGGUGCCAGAGUGGACGGCCUAUGACGAUGAGAUUGCUGCAUUGGCCAAUAGGGUCGCUGGCGGUAUUCCCACAGAGGAACCCAGUUACAGCCACGGUGAAGAAGGUCAGAAGGUCCUUGAGGAACCGGCUGGUUGGAAGAAGGAUGAACUGUAG